AUGACAACAGCGCAGAUCGGAUCGCCUCGUUACCAUGAGCAACAUCCAUCGGAAAUGGAGGUCACUGGCUUUGUCGUGUUAUCGGCUUCCUCUGAUGGGGCCGACUUGAAUUCCGAGGUGCAUCGGUUUCUACACUUGAAACCCAAAAUUAUAAAAGGUCCUUUUGUCUAUGGAAGGGGAGAUGCAGCCACAUGUGGGCAGUUUCUGCGAUGCGGAACGGAGGAAAGCGGCGCUUUCUCUAGAAAAAUCAAUGAGGCCAUAGGCGAAGUUAACUUCUCUAUUCAUCAGGGUCCUGUUAUCGUUCUCGCCCUCAAAAACCACUCAACAUGGGGCACUAGACUUGCCCACCCAUCUCACGAUGCAGUAUCAAUCUUCCGAGAUCUUUCGGAUACCGACGAGACCAGAGUGAGAUUCAUGCUCUACCCUCCCGAUAUACCGAAAGAGACAAUAUCGGAAGUCCGACCCUUUAUACGGAAGCUGCGGCGAGACGAAAUUCUUUUUGUGAGAGGGUCGAUUAGAAUGGAAAUAGAAGUUCCUGCCAGCGGCUCUUUUGUGUGGCAAGGAAACAGUGGCGCACCAAUGGGGCAUGAUAUGCUCGGGCCAGAUGUCUUCGAAUUUAUGGCGGUCUAG